AUGAAGGUGGAAGUCCAAAACAUGGACGACAUCCUCGAAGUGGUUCGGCGUGCACAGGCAUGUUAUCCACAAAGCAGCGCACACGUGGAUGCUGUAGGCUUCACGGAGAAGCGGCGCGUCGCGGAGACCCGCGUCAACGCGCGAAGCAGCCGGUCCCACAGCAUCUUCACGAUGAAGGUUCGCUGUCAGAGGAGCGUGGCUGGAGGGGAGUUGGAGAACCAGGGCAAGCUGCACCUUGUGGACUUGGCCGGCAGCGAGUGCGCGAAGAAGGGUGGCUUCAUCUAUCCCGAGGACGCAUCCCAGGCUGCUCGCCUUCUCGCAGGCCAGGAGGAGGAACGCGAGCGCCGCUCGAUCAACCAGAGCCUCCUGACACUGGGCCGCGUGAUCACAGCUCUUCGCGAGGACACCUCGCCGGCCUUGCGUAGAGUCGUAGGAAGAGGCAUGGAAGAAGGGAGCGCUGAUGCCUUCGCUCAAGCGGAGCUGCACCGCGCCCGGGGCAACGAGCUCAUGAGUAAGGGCGACUAUGCGGAUGCGACCGAUCGAUAUGACAAGGGCCUGGUGGCUUUGCUGUCGGCCGCGGCGCCAGCCGAGGACAUCCAGCAGCUGCGGGCUGCGCUGCACCUCAACGCCUCCUUGGCGCACCUGCGCCGGGGCAACCUGGCCAGCGCCGUGGACCACGCCACCGGCGCCCUGGCGGCCGCGGCGCCCGAGAGGAGCGAGGCCCGGGUCAAGGCGCUGUACCGCCGGGGCCUGGCCCAGGCCAAGCUGUCGGAUCACCAAAGCAACGCGGAGCUGGCGGAGCGCGCGCGGCGCGACUUCGAGGCGGCUCUGGACCUCGACCCCGAGAACGGGGAGGCCAAAGCGCAGCUCCAGCAGCUGCAGUCCAGGCUGCGAGCCGAGCAGAAAGACCUGAACCGAAGACAGCGGGAGACCUUUAAGAACGUAUUCUCCAAGCCGCUCUACGACGGCGACGGCCUCACUACCCCAGAAGCCGUGUGCCGGCCCACGCGCGGGGGCGAGCGCCCCGUGCUCCUGUCCUGUGAGAACAUCGGCUUCGCGUACAAUCGGGGUGAGCCCGUCCUGAACUCGGUGUCCUUGGAGCUGCGGGGGUCUUGGUGCACAGGCCUUGUGGGCAUGAACGCCUCGGGCAAGAGCACCCUGGCACGGCUGCUCUCCAACCAGCUCCGGCUGCAGUCUGGUGACCUGAGCCACACGUGUCACACUGACACGCACACGGCCCCAAACGGCAACGCGGGGCUCUUUGCAGUGCUUGCCGUGCUGGGCCUCGCCGUGGCCGUGGCUCUGGGACCACUGAAGCUCACUGAAAACUGGAAUUCCUGGGUGGGUGCCGCACUGAUCCUGCUCGCGCUUGGCAUGGCCGGGGCCUGCGCCUACCUGCUGCGCCCGCAGAAGCCCCGAAACCUGGUUCUCUACCUUUCCAGCGAGAGCUCGGAUAAGGAAACUCUCGCCCCGAGCAAGUCCAUCGAGGCUGUCAUCGGGGAGACACUGCCUGCUGCGAGGCGUGCAGAUUGCGUCGUUGCGCUGCUGAAAGCAGCUGGGUUUCAGAUGUACAACCAGGAGACCGGCGCAGCCGUCGGGUGCCCGGAGGACUACAUCCGAGAUGGGCUCCGGUACGGGGAGCUGUCGGGUGGCCAAAAGCACCUGAUCUACGUUCUGCGGUACUUCGCUCGGUGUCUGGCCUGCCCAAGCUCUGUGGUGUUGAUCUGCGAUGAGCUUCUGGGGGGCCUGGAUUACCUCCGCCAACCUCGCGUGCUUCGGAUGCUGAAGCGGCUGCAGAAGGAGCUGAACAUCUCGGUGCUUUACAUCUCCACGGAGCUGCACCAGCUGCACAUCGUGGCGGACGACUUUGCCUUCUUGCACGAGGGUAGCAUCUGUGAGUUUGGGCCAGCCGAAGAGGUCAUGGAGUUUCCGAAGCAUCCGGCCACAAAGGAUUACCUCCUGCAGUUCAAGAGCCUCCCGGGUGGACAGCGGCUUGGGGGGAAGCUCGCGGAGGCCUACGACAAGCUGUCCGAAGAUGCGGAUCUCAACGCAGACUGGCUGGCGCUCGCACGUGCUGCAGUUUUCGAGGUUGGGGAUGUACCGACCCGGCUCCUGCAGGAUGCUCUGGGCGGGCGCUGCAAGACCGUCAUCAUCGCAACCAUCUCCCCAGCCCUUGCGGCGGUGGAGGAGACGAUCUCCGCCCUGAGCUACGCGGAACAAGCUGCUGGCAUCAAGAACCGGCCGGUUGCCUCGUCCCUGCUGCGCACGGCCACGGUUGCCUCGGCUGCGCGAGCGGCGGACGUCAGCUCGAGUUCCGGGCUCGGGGCCUCCGACUGGGCAGAGCUGGAGAUGAAGGUCACCUACUUGUCCCAGGAGCUAGAAGAGGCUCAGGUGGCUCUUGGUCGGAAGUACCAGGAGGCUCAGGAGGAGGCAGAGCGCGCUGCACGCGCUGAGGCCCGCAUGGAGGCUCUGGCAGAGGACCUGCGAAAGGCAAGACUCAAAGCCAAGGAGCAGACCUUUGUCAAGGAACGCUUCGCAUCGUGUGCGUCGGACCAGCACGAGGUGGCCUUGAGGAUGCAGUCCGCCUUGACGGUCAGUGAGCAGCACAGCUUGGAUUUGGAGCAGCGAAUCGCCGUCGCCAAAGAGCAGCACCGUGCCUCACAGGCGCGCGCUCGCGAGAUGUGCCGGCUUCUGCAGGAAAGCGGGCCGAAGCGGCUCUUGGAGCUGUUGCCCAGCCCGCGGGCAGAGGUGACGGCCCGUGCGGCCCGUGAGUCGUCCGGCCAGGAGGGCCCAGCCUCUGCUGGGGAGACAGAGGCUGUGAUCCUGGAGACGGGCUCUUCGCAAAAGGCAGCGAUGCUGGAGCUGAAGGAGCUCCACCACCGGCAGCGAUGCUGUUUAGUGGGCUUGGGUGAGCAGCUGCAAGGGCCCCACCGCAAUGCUACCCACGAAGCUUUGCAAGAGCUGUCAGCAAACGCCAAGGAGAGCCUGGUCCACGGUGCCCAAGACGCCCAAACAACCCUUGGGGCCCUCGAGGCCUCACUGCGGCAGGCGGCUGAGGCUGCCGCGGAGGGUGCGGGCACGCUGAACCAGGAGGCGAAGGAGGCGCAGCAGAGCUUCGCCGACCGCGCGAGGGAGCUCCUGGAAACUUUGGCCUCCCAGCGCCGGUCUUUGUCCGACUCCGCGAAGCGAACCUCCGCCGCGCUGGCCAAGGCCUCCGAGGCCGUCGCGGAGCUGUCGAGCUUGUCGGACUCCUCCCUGCAAGGAGCUGCCGAGGCAGUGACCAGCCUCCAAUCCGCCCACACCGAGAUCCUUGAGAAGCUCCGCGACAAGGCGACCAGGAACGCGGAGGCCGUGAAGGCAGAGACGUGCUCGGGUGGCCGAGCACUGGAGUCACACCAGCAGCAAGCUGACGCUGCACUGGCAGCAGCGCAGAAGCGCUGGGACUCCAUCACGCAAGUGCAGACAAAGUGUGUGGAGGACGAAGACAAGAUGAUUCAGACCGCCAACGAUGCGUCCGCCAGCAUCGAGGAGGAGGCGGAGCGGCAUCUCGAGGCCAAUGCCAAGGAGAUCCAGAGCCUCCAAGGACGUGCCCUCAGCGGCGUCCGCUCCUUGCGCUCCGGCGCCGUCACUGCUCUCGAAGAGCAGCGGGCCACAGUCCACCGCUUUGUGGAGGGGGCUGAGGCCGGCGUCCUUGGCGAGGAGAUCCCGAAGAGGCCCGAAGCCGAAGUUUCGGAAGCCGCUCCACUUCCAAGCGAGGAGCAGAUCCUGGCAGAGUUCCAAGCGAGUAGUCUGUCGAAGUCUGUGGGCAACAGCAAUGCGAGCCUUGUUCAGUCUGUCGCCGCUGCCCUCCGCAGCAGCAAGCAGGCCAAUCUCGAAGCGGCGGAGGUUGCGAACAUCGAAACCGCGCUGCGUAGCCUGGAUAUGCCCUUGGAGGAGCGCCCGACGUGGGGCGCGGGGGGGUCGCGCGGCCUGUUCCUGGUCUUCGAAGGCCUCGACCGCAGUGGCAAGUCCACCCAGAGCCGGAAGAUCGCGUCCCACCUCGAGAAGGCUGGCCCGGUGAAGUGGAUGUGCUUCCCGAACCGCAAGACGCCCAUCGGCAACGCCAUCGACCUCUACCUUCGCAGGCAGCUGGAGCUCCCGGACGAGGCCGUGCACCGCCUCUUCAGCGCCAACCGCUGGGAAAUGGCCCAGGCCAUUGUCGAGGACCUACGUGCCGGCACCACGAUCGUGUGCGACCGCUACGCCUUCUCGGGCGUGGCGUACUCCGCGGCCAAAGGACUGGACUUCACGUGGUGCCAGGCUCCUGAUCGCGGGCUGCCGUGCCCGGAUGGCAUCUUCUUCCUGCAUAUCGAUGAGAAGGUGGGCGCGGCACGGUCGAACUUCGGCGACGAGCGCUACGAGAACGCAGCGAUGCAGGCACGAGUCCGUACGCAGUUCAAAGACCGACGUCUCCGUGAUAGCGUCAACUGGCGCGAUGUGGACGGUGCCCGAGACGUCGAGGUGAUCCACGCAGAAAUCCGGAAUGCGGUUGAGUGCAUCCGAUUGGAGGAUCAGGAGAACCGCCAGCGCCCAAUCAAGCGCCUUUGGGCACACUGA